GACAGAUACUUCCGCUGCCAACAUGGCGUUCACGUUGUACAGUUUGAUAGAGGCUGUGAUUUUAUGUUUAAAUGCAGUGUGUGUUCUACACGAGGAACGGUUUCUUGCCAAAGUUGGAUGGGGUGCUGACCAGCGAGGGUUUGGAGAGGAACCAGGAAUAAAGACACAAAUGCUCAACCUUAUUAGAUCUAUUAGAACUGUUAUGAGGAUACCUUUAAUAGGAAUCAACGUAGCUGUGAUAUUACUGAAGCUUGUGUUUGGAUAACAGGAGGAGGUUCCAGUGGCUACAUGUGACUAUUGUUUUGCACCCAUCCAGCAAGUACUGGAUGAGAAAUAUUCAUCGGUGUGCCUUUUAGGAAAAUCAUAAAAUAAUUUCAUCUUUCAUAUGAUUGUGACGACUAAUAAAAUUAACACUUUUCUUUUUUUAAUUUUGGAUGAAUCUAUGAUAAUGUAAAGACAGUAUGAUCUAAAUUAUGUUGAUGAAGACCUCUUCUAGAAAACGGAAAUGCUCAAGAAACAUCACAGGGACGAAAUAAAAAGAUAUUGAGCCAGAUUGCAAAUGGGCUGGCAAAAAGAAGAGAAUGCUGGAGAAGAAUAAAGAAAAAUCAUAUCAUGUUCUUUCUUAGAAAUACAGCUUUUCUAUAUUGAUUUGAUAUGCCAUUUUCAUCAACAUUAUUUCGGAUCAGAUAAGUAAUGUAUUGUUUUGGUUAAAAGGAAACCAGUGACAUUGUUCUAAAAUUCAGGAUGCAAUGUUACCUUUUGUGCCAAGUAAAAGGAUUCAUUAUGUUCAGGGCUGAAAUUUGAACACAAAUGUGUCUUGCAAAGUAAUGGCAAGUUUCAUUCAUUUCAAACUUUAAACUGACCAGGAAGAACAUACUUAUUGCAGAGAAUCAAGCAUAGUUUGAAGUCACAAACUAGCAGGAUAGGUUCAUGAUAAAUUGGAAGAAAAUACCUUGGCAAAUAAUCCUUUUCUCCAUGCAUAUAGUGAUGAUAUUAGGUGAAUACAUAAGUAAAGAGUGCAUUGUGGAGCAUGUCAAUACAUUACAUUGAUUGCUAUGCUGUAAAUAAAAAGAUGUGGGCCCAAUUGCAUGACUUUCAUCAUGUGUAAGUGUAAAAGUUCUAAAGAUAGCGAAUCAUUCUGAGAGAUUGUGCAUAUUGUGGAGUCUGUAUGGAUGUACAUUUCAUGUCAAUUUCCAAAUGUCUUCUCAAUUUACAGUUAUUGUAAAGAAAGACUGUACAUAUGCUGCAGACUUAAAUGUUAGCACUGUUAAAGGUUUAAUUUUGAAAAACUGAAUUGAUCCAAUGCAGAAUUUGUAGAUUAUGUGCUACGGUGAUGUAGGAUUUUACAAGUCAACGUUUUUCAUUUAGUCAGGAAACAUCACCACAUCAAAUGUCAUCAGAAAUAAACUAUGUAAACACUUUUAUGUUUAAUGAUAUAACUAAACUUGUUAUAAGGUAUUAUGAUAUAUUUAUAUUAUAUUUCAUUGAAUUUUGUUGUUGUUAAUGUACAGUACAGUACAGUACCAUUGCAAUAAACAGUUCUUUGUCAGCUGUGACAUACAUAUUGUCCUUUCAUUAACUAUGUCACUUUGAAAACAGAAUCUAAAUCAAGAUUUCCUGAACUUCCAACAUAAUUGAUUUUAUAGUUCAUCAUAAUGUAGUUUCCUAGGGUGGAGCAUCCGGCCAUUUCGGUGUCCAUAUAUACCUUCAUAAUGACAGAUGUACUUGUGAUGUUUCCUAAGGUAGGGACUGGAAGCCCUGGGUCCUCCCAUCCUCCGCAUGCCCUGUGGAUUCCAACAUCAUCUGUUAUUCGGAGUUUGGUAUGCAUGUAGGCUCUUAUUCGCUUGGAUGGUGGGGUUGCCUUGUGAUUUCAUUGUUUGUUCGUCAAGUCGAAGUCCCGGGUUCGAUUCCCCACAUGGGUACAAUGAAUAAAGCUCCUGACAUGAUAUUGCUGGAAUAUUGCUAAAAUCGGCGUAAAACCGUACUCACUCACUCUUAAACGCUUGUAUUGACCAUGUUUACACUACACUUUGUAUUAUCAGGGGAUUCCAGGCUUCUAUAAACUCCCUGGUAAUAGGCAUGUGAAAAUAAAAAAAAUAUAUAUACAUA